AUGUGCAAGCUCAGAAAUAGACUGAUGACGGCCGCGAUGCAGCGCGCUGCGCAUUUGGCCGACGACGCCGACGACGACGACGACGACGAGCUGCGCCUCGCGUUCUUAUCGCCGAUGGCAACGGCGAGCGCCCGGCCGCAGAACCCGGUCGUGAGCCUCCUCGAAGCCGCGCAGUCGCCCCGGCCCGUCCAGCUCGUGAAUACGACGCUGCUCAAGAAGCGCAAGUACGACAUGAUCGUCAAGCCUGUGCCAAAGCGAGUUGGCCCACCGAGCCACGAGUGGCGACCAUCGCUGCUACCCGAGAUCGACCAACCGCCACCCUCGCCAUCAUCUUCCUGCUGCAGCUACGUCGAGACGCAGACUAAGUUUAGCCGCCUUGCGCUGGGCAGCGACCCGCCCUAA